CAUUACACUCCUUCCUUUCAUUAGAUACUCGUGUGGCAUCCGUGUGCUGAGGAUGAUGAGGGGAGAGGACCAUGGGCAACAGUGUGACCCAGCUGUACAAAAAGCUGCAGGAACAACAUAGCGAGGCAUGGAUGGAGCGUGUCCUGCAGUACCUAACAGCUUGCGAACCAUUCACAAGGUCCGCUGUUGUCCACCCCUCUGUCUUUGCUGAGCCUCCCUGCUUACCUGCCCUUCCCAAGCCCAAGUGGCUGUCAGCAGUUCAUGCCAGGAUGUUCUCAGCCGGCUGCAUGAGGUACGGCUGCCUGGUGCACCAAUGUUGGAAACGAGAACGGUCAAGUACUUGUCUCGGUUCUAACAGCUGGUGAGGGACAAGCACUUGACACCAUGGCAGCUGGCCUGGUGAAGCGGUACAGGGAGGCGGGUGAGGCGCCACCCAAGGUGAUCUAUGUGGACAGAGACUGCUGCAGUCAGCAUGGCCCUUGUCGGGUGAAGGCCAUGUUUGCAGGGUGGGAUGAGCUUCAUGUGCGGCUUGACAUCUGGCAUUUCAUGCGCCAUUUUGCUGCUGGUGUCACCACUGAGGCUCACCCCCUGUAUGGCAUCUUAAUGGCACGCCUGUCCACGUGCAUUUUCGAGUGGGAUCGAGAAGAUGUUGCUGCUCUUCGCCGUGCCAGGGAAGGUGAGCUGGCAGCAAGAAGUGUUGGCCACAUCUCGGAGGAGGUGGUGACCACUCACAUCACUCGGAGGGAGUUGGCACUGCACUGCAGGAGGAGGACCCGAGGGGUGGAGGAGACCAACAGACUGAUCAGGUCACUGAUCAGUCUGUUUGACAGCGCGAGUGGAAGGACACUCUGGGCGUUCCUCUGCUGGACCUACGAACGGAUCCAGCAGAUAUGGAUGGAGCAGCAGAAACACCUUGGCUGCAUCCAAGACCCAGAAGACUUGCCAGCUCUACAUCAAGACGGGCACCUUGAAGAAAGGGCAACGUGGAGCUGUGCUGCUACAGGAACCAGUGCCAGUGAUGCGCAUUUCCAGGCGUAUCUUCUGGAAGGGCUGAUGCGCUGGAAUGAUCACUGGAUGGAGGACGCCGUAAAGGAAGCACCUUCCAUCCGCUCCUACAGCAGUGCUCUCAGAGAGGCGGUGGACCAGCUCAGCCAAAAGGUGCUAGGGAGAUGCUGGGAUGAGCGCUAUCGACACCCCUGGAGCAUACACAGCCUUCUUACUCCUCCGCCUUCUUCGCAUCUGCCUUCCCCACCUCCGCCCUCUCCUCCUCCUCAGGCCCCUGCAUCACCUGCUGAUGUGCCGUCCAGCAGUAUGUCUGACGAGGCUCAAGUGACCCAGAUCGUCCAGCUGUGGACAGCUCUCCCUGAGGUUGACAAGCAGCGUGUCAACUACCAGCCUCGCCAUCAGGACAUUCCUGGGGGUCCUGCACAGUGGCCCAGCACCAGCCGCUUGGUUGAGGCCAUAUGCACCAAGCUGUGCAGUUUGCACAAGUCGCCCACCAAGAAGUCUGGAGUCUCCACCCCUAGAUGGUCAAAAAUCCUUGACAGCUACCACCACAUCCGGGAGCUGGUGCUCAACACUCCAAGGCUUAUGGCGGAGACCACGCUCCAGCUCUUUGAGCUAAAUCAGAAGACACUCAUUCAGUGGUUUCAACGGAGGCAGAAGACCCAGGAGAUGAGUGUCCUCUCCCAGGGAAUGGCUCCAACUAACAAGAUUCCCGUGGCACCCAACCAGCUUCUGGCCCCGAAGGAGACACUGGAGCUCCUUCCUCCAACAUCUGGCCCACGGCACCAGUUUGUCCUCCCUCCUAAUCUGGAGGGACAGGCUCCCGUCCUGCGGCCAGGCAGACGACCCGCUGCUGCCACCCCCACAGCACCAGGCACUGCACCCAACCCCACCGCACCAGGCACUGCACAGCCCAUGUCAGCUCAUUUAGGGAACUUAGUCCUGAACCCUGACAACACGCUGUCACUGGUGCUGGCAGCUCCUGGUGUCUCAACACCCAGUGCAGGCCCAGCUCAGCUUGGUUCCACACUGGGUGCUCCUGUGUCUCGCUUCACAGAGAGAACAGACGACGGCGGUGGCAUAUAA